CUUUUGAGACACUCACAUUUCCUGCAUCUCUCAACAUCUCACGCAUCAAAAACUAUUAGCGAUCUGCUUCAGCCAUGGUGAGCUUCUGUCCUGUCUGCGGGAAGCCUGUUUAUUUUGGUGAGAAGAAGAGGUCAUUGGGACGGGAUUAUCAUCCGUUGUGUUUAAAAUGUCACAAGUGUAAAAGACUGCUAACAGCUGGCCAGCAUGCAGAGCACGAUGAGAAACCAUACUGUACUAACUGCUACAUGAGAGAUUUUGGACCUAGAGGUAACCGAAUUCCUGUUAGGAUGUUUAACACACCUGCUUCAUAAGAGAUGAAUUGUCAUCUUGAAAAAAACACACCAGACCAUCUAGAGCUACAAACAAGAACUAAGCUAGACCAUCUAGAUUUACCAACAACAUACCAACAGCAUCUGUUCUACAUUGCCACACAGGCAAAAUAAUUCUAUACUGCCUAGUUAAUAUCUACUUGCCUCAGAUUGAACUCACCACCCUUAUUUUCCAUUCGUCAUAAACUCGUGGAAUUUGCCAAAACCUUUCUACCAAAGCCAUCCAAAGUGACAUUCGCUCAGGGAACUGAGCUAUUUUAAUGUGUUCAUUCCAAAGCUGUAACUACCAUAGACAUUGGGGAAACGUCCCUCCAAAAUAUCCGCAAUAAUGGUCAAUCAGUAUAGUUUUUUAAAUGAAUAAUUCCAGUAAAUUAUCGAACUAUUACAGUCCCCCUCUUGAGUAUUUGUUUAUGCCCGUGGUUUAAUCUUUUCUUAAAAUGUUUUAUUUAUAAAUGCAUUGUCAAGAAUAUGUAUACCAUAAACUAAUUGAUUUACUUGAAACACAAUGUAAUUUUUGUGGUCUAGCACUGUUUUUUGGGGAUCAGACACUGUAAAUCAAAGGGUUACUUGUACAAGGAAGCAAAUGUAUAUACAAAGGAAAAAUUACAAUAAUUAAUCAUUGUGUCAUUUUAAUUAGGAGCAGACGCUUGCUUCCCAAACCUCUUGCUGCAUAAGUGAUGGCUGUAUCAUUUCUUUAUGUUCAGGAAUAAUGUGUAUUUAAUUUUAAGAUUUUAUCUGUUUUAUUUUUCCAUUAGUUCAUUAUACAGCAUUACACAUUUAAUUUAGAGAGCUGCCAGCUAGCAUAUUGUUAAAUCGUUCAAUCAAAACAAUAAUACCAUGUAUUUUAUCCUCAAGUCUGUAUGGGUCUAAAGAAAACAUUGUAAAAUUAAAAUGCAUUUAAAAUGAA